UUGACACACCAUUAUGUUGCCCUUUGUUUCCAGAAAUCCAGAAAGAAUUAUUAUGCUGUAUUAUGUGAACGUGCAUUGGAAUUACACGAAAGCGAGAAGACAUACAGAAAACGAAAAUCCGCUCUUCAUCUCAUUGAUCUCUCACAAGCAUUCAAUCUUCAUAACGAACAUUUCGAUCCGAAACUCAAAAAAUGUGUGUGCUUGAUGUUACCCGAUGAGACCCUGUGCCCCCUCAUUCCGUCGAGAUUUUUGCGUCUGGGAAGGCCAAUUCAACCACAAGAAUUUUUUGGUAAUGCUUAUAAAUUCAUUAUUAUCGACUUGUUUUCAGAAUGUGCCUGGGAUGUGGAAGUAGUGACUGCGCCGAAACUGAAAAGACCACCAGGACGACCAAAGAGGUAA